ACGAGACAAAUGACCAUCGUGCUAGCGACAUUCGCCGUCGAUUCGAUCGAAAGGAACAGUACGAAUCGAACGAGAAACAAUGUCACGCGUCGCGCCCGUAAAAAUGGCGAGUCGGCCAUUUUAUACGAACGUUGCUACUCUCGCGACCCCUGCCGUUACAGAUGACACGUGUCGUGACGUUCGUUACUCGCCAGGAAGUUUGCGAGGUGCCGAGAUCGAAACGAUUGAUCUAAGAUAUUCGAAUGUCACGUAGGAACGGUCGUUUCGUUUACGAACGGCUUGUCUCAUGGAGAUCGCGUCUCGAUCGACUCGUUCGAUCGAUCCUUCCUCUCAUCGCUUGCCAACCAGUUCGAUUCCGGUUCCCCUUUUCACAGGCCUUCUCCCGUUUUCUCUCGUUUUCUCUCUUUUUCUGUUUUUCUCUCUUCGCCGAUCUUUUCCGAUCUCGGUAGAUACCCUUAGAUGUCCGCGUUGCCACUCGCACUCCUCGUCUGCGUCGCGACCCUCUUCGAAAUCUUGCGUCACGCGUGCAUCGGAAUUCACCGGUUUGUCGCUCCGUUUUCCAACGAUCGGCGCGCGAUCGGUCGUUCCGGACGAAUCGAGCAUUCGAAAGAAUCCGCCGGAAUCGGUGAACGAUCUCGUAACGAUUCGUAACGGCAGACUGAUCGAUCGUUACUCUCUUUCGCGCGUUCCUCCGAGUUGUGAAGUUGCACGCGUGCUCGGCUUUCGAAGAUGACGCCGAUCACCGACACUUGUGUCUGCAUCCCGCACCUUUAGAUACAGUGAUGCUCUCUUAAAUUUUCAAAUCUCCGGACGCAGCAUUCAAAUUCUGGCGAACACGAUCACCAUCACCCUUUGGUUCCCUGAAUUCGAUUACCUUCGCCUGGCGAAUGCAAAGAUGGACACAGUCGGGACGUACAAAUAUGCUACGAUGAAAAUUUCAAUUGAAGUCAUUUUGACCUCACCUCGAAUGUAGUACCGAUGGGUCCUCGAAAUUCGUCCGAUUAGUAGAAACUGACUCAUUUAAUCGGACGAAUCGGAAGAGACUGGUACAUUUGAAGAGGUAAGACAUAAAUGACUUCAAACUGAAAUUAUCAUCAUUGCACGAUUGUCGCUCGCUUACACCUAGCUCGAGACAGUAGUAGCAGAGCGGGGACGGUACGUUGAAAUUUAGCCGAGCAGACCUUUGAAAUUUAAGCGAGCAUCACCGUAGCGAGUCACGGUAAACCGUGUGUUCCAUCGGGCCCGACGAGCAAUAACGCGUUGCCCGAAGCUUUCGAGCGUUUCAACGUUCCAAAAUCAAUCUCGCGUUCCGCCGGCAAUCGAAUCAUUGAACUCCGUCGCAUUCCUUGGACGACGAUCGACGCGCGUACCAGCGCAGCCCGUUACAGUGGAAUCUGAACGCGAUGAUCGUGACAGUUUCACUGAAAGCUUCCUCGGACGAAGGUGUCGAAAGUUUCGAAAGACGGAAACUGCGACGAGACGUCUCCCGACGUCUCGCGCCCGAGAAACUGAUAAGUAGUCUCCUCCUGUUUUAGGUGUGUAGCUUGCCGUUUCCAUUUCCUGUCUGUCCCCCGUGCCUUUACGCGCGGAGAUGUGAAUUCACGGCACGCGAGUCUUUCCGCGUUUCACCCUUAGCACUCCAGGUUGUUCUGCUAUCUAUCGGCAACUGCAACUAAUUCUUAUAGUAUUCCUAGCUAAAAAUGCUAUAACAUUCUUCGAUCUUUUAUUUUCCUUAGUGCAAAAUUCGGAUGUGUGGAAAAUUUAACGAUAGGGUAGUUUCUUUAAGAUUCAUUCAAAUAGUCAAUACAACUGCUGCAAUAUUCGAGCACUACAGAGUUCAAGGGGUUAACACGAUAAAUGCCACGUCACUUCCGAAUUGGAAACGAUCGUGACAUGCGAGAUAAUCGACGUCGAAUCAAAAUGCUUCUAAAUAAAGAUAAAAUUGUAACGCAGAUCGUGAACAGCGAACAAUCGCUACUUUUCUUCUAAAAGGAGUAGUAAAGAUUCUCGUGGCGCUUAAGGUGUUAAUCAUUUUCCAAAUUCUCCUACAUCGAGCCCGAUGACCGGGUCACUCAUUCGUGUCACGCGUCUCCCGUAGACUCGAUGCCGGAUAUUUCCAACAAUCGUCGAUCGAGUGACCCAGCCAUUUUCGCGCGACAGUUAGCCGAUACACGCCGGAUCCUACCCGAUCGGAACGCGACGCGAGCCGAUCCAUCGGACUCACAUCUCUGGCUGCAGUGUGGUACUACCGGUACUCGACUUGUCCCCGCAUCGUGCACCCAACGACGGCACGAUCCCGCGUUCACUGGUUGCUCUUAGGUACCCGUGAACCAUUGCGUAGCGAAACCAACUCUCAAGACCCCCCUGUUGUCACACGAUAAACGAACAAUCUCACCGAUGAUCGUCUCUCUUUGUCGCCCGUCUCUCACCGACACACGAUCUCACCACCCGUAAUCUGUCACACAUCGCCGCCGAUCUCGGGGAUUUCCCGAUCGUCCUCGCCGCGAUAGAGUCACGCACCCCGAGAACACCUACUUAACUUCGCACACGCGUACACGUGAAUAUCUCGUGGCCGGUAAUUGUUGCAACGUAUGCGUAUAAUAAUCACACUGUAACAUUUGUACAUGUCUUUCACUCGCUCGCUCGCUCGUUCACUCACUCACUCACUCACUCUCACUCUCUCUUUCUCUCACUUUCUCAGUCUCUUUCUCUUUCACCCUUUCUUCGCGUACCAGCAUUAUUUCUGAACCCUCUAACGUGGCCUUCUUCCAGGUGUUCCCGUUCGCUGUUCAUUUUCCAGGUGGUCGAUGAUCCGCGUCGCGACGCGCGGAUUUCUUUUCGUAUCCGUUUCGCGUCUGUCUCCUAUUCGAAAAUGAUUUUGAUACUGUCGAUCUCGAACCCCGUUUCGACGGUGCCAAAUGUGUCUUCGACAACUUCCCGAUCGCCGCUUGCCUCGCAUUUCACUUCUCCAGCGCGUUUCAUCGAUUUCUUUGGGAAUUCGACCGACCACGAGGCAUCACGAUAUGCCGGAAAUUCGUUUCAUGCGAUCCGUAAAGACUGCAGUUAGAUUUUGAUACGUAUUUUUACAUUUUAUUGUAUCCCUCCUGUUUGUAUUCCACGCGGCCGCACUCGCGCCCGCGGUGUGUAGCUGUAGUCGUAGCUCCGUAGGAUUGUACCUCUCGAUGUAUCUCGGUGUAGAACCGGUGUCGACACUCUGUUCGUUUAAGUGCCAAAAUGGAAACCAUAUCUACGUCGUUUCGAGCGAACAUGCGACGCAAGCAAGUCCAUCCGAACUCGAACUUCUUCGACCGGUCGGUCGAAUGACGGGGACGGCUCGGAAACGGGGUUCACGCGUUUAUUGCGCAUUCUACUUUUCUAACGAUUCCACGUGGGUAUUCACCCUUUGCACUCGGAAGAUUCUCGAUAGAAAUAUUUAACAUUUUUGACGAGGCGAAGACGAUAUUAGAAUUAACUCGAAGGGAAAUCACAUUUAUUCCAAUAUUUCACGUAUUGAGGCGUUAUACAAAGAUCAACAUUAAAUAUCAUAUUUUAUAGUUUUACUGCAUUAAAUCAAGUGGUGACUGAGACUCCCGAGUGCAAAGGGUUAACCCUAAUCGGACCACGGUGCGACUUCAGUCACAUUUGACAUUUUUACUGAAAUUUUUCGAUUUCAUAUUGCAUUUCCAAAGGUCUUUGUGAACUUUCAAAAUUUGGGCCAUAUAAACAAAAACAACUUAACCCUUGUUACCUGAACAAAACUCCAACAGAAUUGGACACUGUGUCGCCGGACGACAUAGUGUCAAUAAUCUUGCAUAUUAUAUUUUUCAAAUCAAUUAAGAAAAUUGACAUUUCCGACAAUUGCCUGUACAACACGUCGCUGACGUUCCUCUAACAGAAGCAUCUCGACGUGUCGCGUCUUUCAACCGCAAGUGGUCAAUAGAACUACCGAGCAUUUAAUACAAUUAAUAUGCAAUCUCUAUAAAAAUUCAGUUUCUUUGGAUGCUCAUAGUACUCAAGUGAAACUUUCCAAAAUCAUCUCAAAUAUUCAAUUCUUAAGGUAUUAACCCUUUGCACUCCGAAGUUAUCACUAGAAAUAUUCCAACAUUUCCUAACGAGACACAGACGACAUUUUCUCAGAUUGAAAGAAAUCUCACACGCAUCGAGGAAGAGAACUAUCUUCCAAUAUUUCGUACAUUGAUGCAUUAUACAAAGUUUAAACAUCAAAGUUCACAGUUCUGCCGUGUGAAAUCAUUCGGUGGCCCAGAGGCGCCUCUGGAGCGCAAAGGGUUGACUGGUACGGUUCCAGUGUUAAAUCCCUGCCGGUGUUCUCCCAACCGAACGGUGUACCACUGAAAAAGUUCGCCGGAAGCUCCUUCGAAGCGGAUACGAAAAGUAAACCACGCAGGUCGCGUAGACACCGAAAUCGCCACCAUUCCCGAACGCUUCGCUAAAUCUCUGUACUCCCUUUCGUUUGAUCUUCUAACGGUCGCCCAUCGACAUUACCGUACUCGUUAACUCUAUAUAUGUUCGAACUAUACAUACGUAUACAUAUAUACAUAUGAAUCUAUACAUAUAUAUAUAUAUACACGGUCCGUAUAUAUAGGCGCGGUGUGACUGCUGCCCCCUCCCCGGACCGACGGGAAAAAAGGAAUCGAAAAUCGGUGUAACCGUGGUUCGAUCACGAUGCAUUGAAUUGUAGAAAGAGUAGGAGGAUGAUGAUGAUGAUGAUGAUAAUGAGGAGGAGGAGGAUGGAAGGGUGGGCAAAGAUUCUCGAGAGGGUGGGGGUGGUGGAGAAAAAUAAUUUCUAUAACGGGGAGCCACGGCGUUCGAGGGAUGGGGGAUAAAAAAAACGACUUUCCAAGCGUAGGGAAUCUAUUGUACAUUAUCGAUUUAUUGAUACAUCAAUUAUGAUAAUAAUAAAUUAUAUACAAAGCGAGUCUUCUGUGCGCGUGUGCGUGUGCGUGCGCGUGUAUGUGUGUACGCGAGCUCUUAGAGAUGCGUCGUGUGUUGUCGCGUCACCUUUUAUUCUUUGCGUUUUAUAAUUCGGGAUGAUUUCUAUGAUUUCUCAUCCGUUCAACGAUCCAUCCCCUCGGAAGACGAAUCUCGCGACAGCCCCUCGGAUCGGUUUUCCUCGAGACACAGAGUACGUUGGGACGCCGAGUCAGUUCCUACCGUGAAAACUUUCCCUUUGUCCGAUCGGUUUCCGGUUACACGAUCGAAAUGAAUUUUCAAGCGAAAAGUAUUCGGAGAUUCGAAUACUCGAAGAGAUUCAUCGUCGAACGACUCGGCGACCGCGAGCGAAGAGUCGAUCAUUGGAUCCCACCGAUCGGCUCCCGAUUUUUUCCGCGCUCCCCUUUAACCUUAUGUGUCUGUCACUUUCUCUGUCUCUGUCUCUCUGUCUCUUUUCCCCUCUGUCUCCCCGAGCUGUUUUCUCUCGACGUUCGGCUUUUGAUUUUCUCCGUUUACAACCGUUCGGAACCGCGCCCCUUCCGGUCCCGGCGAGUCCUCCUCUUCCCGAUCUUUAUUACCGUAUCUUUUUAUCGCACUCCCGGAUUCGUUGGUCGGCCGGACGACAAAUAACCAUGUAUUCCGGGACCGAUAAUAAGCCGGGCGCGCCGAAGAGACCGGAGAACAACAACUCCGUUUUCGCGAGCGACAGAUCGCCGGAGAAUCGGCCCGUGAACGGCGUCAUCGACAACAGCAACUCGAACAUCGUCGACACGCCGGAUCUCAGCCCGGUGAAGCAGGUGGUGAGGAACGGGGAGGUCGAGGAUAUCGAGAUUCGGAAAACGAAGAGAUGGCCGACGGACAAGGCGUACUACAUAGCGAAGGAGCUUCUGAUGACCGAGCGGACCUACAAGAAGGAUCUCGACGUGAUAAACGUGUGGUUCCGCGAGGAGGUGUCUCGAGAGGCUGAACUGGAGGGUGAGGCGGUGGUUUCGCUGAUCGAGCUGUUAGCGGACGUCCACGGACCGUGCCUCCAAGAAAUGGAGGCGAGGCUGGCGCGAUGGGAGAGCAACGCGCGUCACAACAUCGGCGAUUUCCUCUACAACACGCUGCUGAACGUACUGCCGCUCUACGAUCAAUAUCUCGAGAACCUGAUACCGGUUCUCGAGAAGAUGGAAUACUACACGAGGACAUCGCGACGCUUCGAUCAGCUCUGCCGGGACUUCGAGGCGCAGAAACAUUGCUAUCUCCCGCUGACUUCGUUUCUUUUGAAACCGUUGCAACGAUUGUUGCACUACAACAGUAUUAUAGACAGAUUGCUGGAUCAUUACCCGAAAGACCACACGGACUUCGAAGAUUGUCUGGCAGCUAGAGACCGAUUAGGGGAGACGUUGUUGGAGGGUCUCAGCAUCAUCAAUCAAGCUGAAAAUUUAGUUCAGCUAUGCGAGAUGCAGAGGGACAUCGGUGGUUUCGACAAUCUGGUCCAGGAGGGUCGCAGGUUCAUCAGGCAAGGCUGCUUGCAGAAGUAUAGUCGCAAAGGCUUCCAGCAGAGAAUGUUUUUCUUGUUUUCGGACGUAUUAUUGUACACAUUCCGUACCCAGCAACCGACGCAGUGCUUCCGCGUGCACGGCCAGCUGCCGUUGAAGGGAAUGAAGAUCAGAGAGAGCGACAACAAGACCGGCUCGGAUUUCGCGUUCUCAAUCGAUGCCCAAGGGAAUCAGUCUCUGACGGUCGCGGCCAGCAACGAGGAGGAGAAGGUGCGAUGGUUGGAAGACCUGAGCAUGGCCAUCGCGCAGGCGGACGCGGAUCCGAAGAUGCCGUAUCUGAAUCUGCAAUCUUGUAUUUUAGGGUCUGCCGAUGAAAUGGGCGACGGCGUCGGAUUGGACGGCGACAGAGGGAACUGCGGGGGCGCGAAGGCGUCCAACACGACCGUACACGUCUGCUGGCAUCGGAACACCAGCAUCAGCUACAACGACCAGCUGCGAGCGUUUCAAAACCAACUCAGCGGAUUUCUGUUGCGGAAAUUCAAGAACAGCAACGGUUGGCAGAAGCUCUGGGUCGUGUUCACGAACUUCUGCCUGUUCUUCUACAAGUCCCAUCAGGAUGACUUCCCGUUGGCCAGCUUGCCCUUGUUAGGAUACACGGUGACCACUCCUUCGGAGAAGGACGGGAUCAAUAAGGACUUCGUCUUCAAGCUGCAGUUCAAGAGCCACGUUUACUUCUUCCGCGCUGAGAGCGACUAUACCUUUGGGAGAUGGAUCGAGGUAAUACGAAGCGCGACUCAGCAGAGCCACGUGCCGGUCAGCUUCAACGGGAAGGGCGUAUAUUAACGGGUGACCGCAAUGUAUUUGAUUAUGCGACGUAGGAUUAGAUAAGAGAAAUCUCAGCGUAUUCGAAUGUUAAGAUUCGCGUUAGGAUCGAGAUCGGGAGGGAACUGUGCGGCCUUAUUGCAAGGACUGAAAUUAUUGUUCACGAUCAAAAUUGUAAUCGACAAUCAAAUCAAAGAGUCGUGCGUCCUGGGACGGAGCACGAAGACUGUAAGUAUCGUGCAUUUGCGCAUUGAUGCAUUUAUCUCGUGCCGAUUCCGCGGCACCAUUGGCUGUUCGGAAAGAAAUUUCGAUAUUACACGAACGCGGGCACACAAACAAACACACACAAACGCAUACCGAAUACGUAAUCGCGGCUGCUGACAGGAUAAUCGGUGUGUAAAUAGAAUUAGUUAGAUCGUAAGCGUAUCGCCCGGUUUUGUUCGGUGUACCUCGCUCGCCGAGACAGCGGCGGGCAUCGCGCGGCGUCGACGAAAGUGGAGGUCACGCGCGACGCAAACUUUGGACCAAUUUUACAUUGAGAGUUUUUUUGACGAUCCAUGUCUUGAGGAAAAGACAAUAAUUUCGUUAGCGUAGGAGCGUUUUUUCUCGUUGUUAAAUUAUCGAUCGGUUGUUAAAGAGAUUGCGAAGAGUUGUUGUUUCCCUGUUAUCGGCGAGAACAUUCGCGGGGGCGCGUGUUCGUUUCCUCGUUCUAACUCGGCUCGAUGUUCUAACGAACGUCGACCGAGGGGAACCAGUGACCAGUCGAUAAUGCGAAGAGACCUGUUAAACGGGCGAUUCCCGGAUCGCGAUCGGAAAUUCACGUAGAAAGAGCGCGUCCCAUCGGCACGGACGCGUUCCCGGCGUAAUUUAGACUGAUCUAGAGAUAUUACAGGAUAGGUGAGAAAGAAGUCUUCUUAGUCAACGAGACGGGAGAGCGUUCCGAGGCGAGCCGUCGGGAACGACGCGACGACGAGCACCCUUCUCGUCUGUCCCGGUUAACAGGUCGACCGUUGUCUGUUUUUUUUUCUUUUUUUUAGUUGCUCCGAUUGUUUUGUUACAAACAUAGAAUGUAAUUAAUAUAUGUAUACAACACACGCGACGGUAUAUACGGAGAAGAAUAUUAGUUUUAUACUCUGUCGGGCACGAAGGAGAUCGUGACGAACCGCCGAGCUCGCGGGGACGGCGAGGCCGCGUCGGUCCGCCGGUUCCCGCGGACGGCUCGAAACUCGUACGUUUAUUAGAGAAACAACGGAGGAAAAUCGGAACGGAGAAAGGAAUCGAAGCGUUUCCGCGCACGGAGCGAGCUUUAUUACGCGGACUCGAAGUGUAAGUCGUUAUGUAACAUGAUGUAUCGAUAUUCCGCAAUAAACGUACAUAUUGAUACUCGAAGCGGUCGCCGUCUUGGGAUCUGAAACCGUGCCGCCGCGAGAAGCGAGAAUUUUUCCAGUGCGAUUCGCAGCGGUACGCAACGGAGAGUGCGAAACGCGAGCAAGAAGGAAAAGGACGGAGAACGAAACCUUGGCUACGCGUAUCCUUGAUCGUGAAUCCUUUCGGUGUUACCUGUGAGAACGGAUCGCACCGCGAUCCUGGGAACCCCUUCGGGAUUUUCGCAGAUAACGGAUCACCCACGUCGACGUUUUCUCCUUUUUGUCUGCAGAAAAUCCGGGAUUGCCGACGAGGCGCGACUUUCCCGCGGAAAAAUCGGACGAAGGAUGCUCGGGAAAGUGGCGCGUCGGAGGCUUCAAGGAUUACGAGUUCGACGGACAGGACGCGUCGGUGACGGAUAAUGGAACGACGGAAUAGCAUGCGUUCAAUAUUCGAUGAAAAAUAUGUUUUCAAAUAGAAUUAUUCGCUCGGAGACCUCUCGUUUCUGAACGAAGCGAAUGAGCCUCUCGCGGAGCCGCCAUCUUGUCGCAGCGAUCGAAGCAACGGCGCGACAGCGCGGUUUCUAUGGAGUCGUCGUUUGCAGUGUAGAUUUCAAAUUUGAAAGAACUAAUUCGAAAUUCUGCUUCUUGCGACAUUGUCAAGAAUCCUCGCAAGUGUUGAUAAGUUUCUAGAACAAAUGUUUCCUUCGAAUCGUUGUCCAGAGUUCUGAAAUUCGAAGCGAUGCCGGAAGCGUGAGCGAGGUUUUCGGGCGAAAAAAGCCACGAAAACGCUUCAAGGCCGACGUUGAUUGGAAAGUUCAACGACGCGAACGCGUCGGCUGUCGCCGGAGGCGAUAUUGGUUGAAGGAAGAGGCGCGAAUCGUUCGGGACGUUGAAUUCGCGAAUCGCGGAUCGCGAGACGCGAACGUGGGUCCCGCGUGGUCGCGCGCUCGCCGCCAUUUACCUUAGCCUUGGCCAACGGACGUUUUUUUGCCCUCGUUGCCGCGUUUCACGCUUAGAUCUGCGUUCGAGGAAGCGUCGCGACGAUUUCAGGAAGAUCCGCUGCUUAAUGAGAGUGGGAGGAAUGAUAUAAAGAUGAGCGAUUCGCCUGGCAGCGUAACAGAAGAAUCGAUCCCCAGCAACUAUGCGCCGGUAUCGAACGAUCGGAUUACUCGCCGCCCUGGCUCUUGUCUGCGUCCACGCACAAGAUGCCGUGGAAAGAUCUAAACGUAGCCCCAUACCAGGGUUCGG